CGCUUCAUAGGGGAAACCGAUGAAAAGUACCCUCCCUUCAACAAGGCCUUCGGAGGGGCCGGAGGUAGGAGCCGAGGGCUUUAGAAUUUUGUACUUAGUUUUUUUUUCUUUUUCUUGGAUGUUAUCGUCCCUUCGCUUAGACCCGUCGGACUAACCCUUUGUUUCCUCUGUGCAGGUAUCCCCGUCUCCAUGGUGAAUGUAAAGGGCCUUGCCCGUUUGAAGAAACAGGACCCGAAGGGGUCGGGACAGGGCAUCCAGAAGCCCGCCACCGCCCUCUUUAAGAAAGCCGAGGGCGAUGCCGCUGCCGGCAAGAGGAAGGCAGUGGCCAAGGGGUCCCCCCCGGCUACCAAAAAGCCGAAAAAGGGGGAUGUCGCCGAGAAGGAUCCCUCGGUCAUUAUCGCUGAUGAGCCCCCCGCCUCCGGGGUGCAGGUGGAGAAGCUGCCGGUUGGAACGCCAGCGGGGGCAGAGGAGUCGCUGCCUGAGAUCCUCACAGUUGCGUUCCCGAGGGGUAUGUCUUUGGCCAGCGGCGCCGUCGACCCGGGGGCCAUCCUGAGGGGUAUGACCCCUGAGACGGAUAGGGCUGCCCUCGGGGCCUACAAUGAUGCGGCCCUCGAGGACCACAUUCUCCGCUCCUCCCUCUC